UAGACUCAAAUAUUAAGGGUAAUGAGGCAUCCUUUUCCUAUGCCUACAUGCCCAAUCCCCUUUUUUCCCCUCCACACCAUUGGAUCUUUUCAUCACAGCCCAACUAAUCUUCUUCCCUAUUCUUCUUAGAAGCUAAUGAAAUUGAAUAAUUUAUAAGAAAAUUGAAACCCUAGCCGUAGCUCUCGUGGAGGUUAUAGUGCGCCGGCGUUCUGCAUAUGUGGCUUCGGUGGUGAUCGAGGUGCCGAAAACGUGUAGGAUCGCAACUCCGAAUUGUAGCUCGUUUUCCCACGUACUUGUCUCCUCAGGCGCGUUGAAGCCGUCGUGCGAUUGCCGAUCUUGUUCGCGUCUUCUGUCGGAGUUAUGCAUCGUGCACGUCUCGUCCGGUGACGCACGGUGGCUGUAAAUUAAACGACUUCGCAUUCCCUGGUUGCCCUGAAGAGUGCUCUGAUUCAAAGUCUGCCACAUCUUGAAUUCUAUUAAAACAAGUAAACUAUUUCAAUGGAGGUGUCUUUGAGCGAGGCGGAUGCUGAUUGUGGAGGGAGUGAUGGUGAUGUUAACGAAGUAGAAAAUUCUGAUUUGGAAGACCUCGCUGGACUAAGUGUGGAUGACAUCCUGAAGAAGGUAUGGGACAGCAUUGAAAAUGCAUAUGAGUUCUAUCGGGGUUUCGGAAAAUUGCAUGGAUUCGGGGUGCGAAAGGGUGACUCAGGAAAAGACUGUGACGGGAAUGUUGUAAGGUACAUGUUUUUUUGUAACAAGGAAGGGUUGAGGGAGCGUAAACACUAUGACAGGGUUGACCGAACAAGGGUACACAAACCGGAGACAAGAACCAACUGCAAGGCAAUGUUAUCGGUUUAUUUUGACAAAAAUGAUAAGCAUUGGAAGGUUAGGAAGUUAGUAACCGAACACAAUCAUGACCUGACACCGGCUGGAAUGGUGCACCUGAUUGCCAAUCAUCGUCGGUUAACGGAAGUUGCAAAGAGUCAGAUAGCCGGUAUGCAAGCUCAUGGUAUUGCGACCUCUAAGAUUGUAGGGUACAUGGCUGGUACGGUCGGGGGAUAUUCGAUGCUGGGGUUCCUGAAGAAGGAUGUCUACAACUAUGCUGACAAAAUGCGGCGCAUUAAAGUAGCUGAUGGCGAUGCGAAUUCUGCUUUAGUUUAUCUAGAGGGAAAAGCCGAGUCAGACCCCAUGGCAAUCGCAAAAUAUAACGUGACUUCUGACAACAGGCUCGCGAAUCUGAUUUGGGCCGACGAAUCUAGCAGAGUGGAUUACCAAUUCUUUGGCGAUGUUUUGGCGUUCGAUUCAACCUACAGGAAAAAUAAAUACAAGAGGCCGGUUGUUAUUUUCUCAGGAUCAAACAAUCAUAAGCAGACCACCAUAUUCGGGUUUGGGUUGUUGCUUGAUGAAAGUCUGGCGUCCUAUCGGUGGAUGCUGGAGAAUUUGAUGGAGAUCAUGUGCCGUAAGAAGCCAGCUGUAGUGGUGACAGAUGGGGAGAAAGCUAUGAUAAAGGCUGUCUCUGAAGUCCUCCCCGAGUCGACGCAUCGCUUGUGUGCAUGGCAUGUGGAGAAGAACGUCACAUCGAAUGUCAAGGAUGAUGAAUUACGUGGGCUGUUCAGAAGAUGGUUGUAAACGGACAUGGCAACAGAUGUAUUCGAGUCGGAAUGGGAGCAAGCCGCCGAGGAAUAUGGACUCGGCCAGAAGCAGUGGUGGUGCCAGAUGUAUGGGAAAAAGGAGAUGUGGGCAAGUAGCUAUCUUCGUGACAAGUUCUGCGCGGGGUACCGGACCACAUCCCGAUGUGAAGGAAUUAACGCAUAUGUAAACAAGUUUUCCAAGUCCACCCACACAAUUUUUGAGCUCGUGCAAUGCUUAGAGAUGGUUGCCCGUGAAUAUCGGAAUAAGAAAAUGCUUCUCCAGUUUCAAUCCAUAAACUCGGUUCCGGUCAUGACAACAUGCCUGAGAAGUCUUGAACGACAUGCCGCUUCGGUGUACACCAGAGAAGUUUUUGGUGAUGUAAAGAAGGAGAUCGAAGGGGUUGGUGCCUUGAUCCUGAUUAGAAGAAGGAGGAUCAUGAAUUCCAUGAUAUACACCCUAGAGGAGUACGAAGAACCUGAUGUCCACAUAAUGUCAUCAUUUGGACGGUCAACUGGGAAGUUAAGUUGCCAGUGUAAUUUCUGGAAGAAGCAUGGUUAUCCAUGCAAGCACAUGUUUUUCGUCAUGAAGGCAGAGCACUUAAAGGAGAUUCCCGACAAUAUAGUUCUGCGUAGGUGGAGAACUGAUGCAAAGUCCGCUGAGCAGUACACAGAAAAUUGGGGGGACUAUAGUGAGCGUGGUGUCAUCCUUCGUCACGGGGCUCUCCAUUCCGCCUCGCAAUGGCUGUUUUUCCUAGGGGCACAAAGGUUGUCCAUUUUCCAGAAGACUAUGCGUGGAAUUGAAAGUUUAUGUAAAGAGCUAGAGAUGGACUAUAGGGCAUUCGGUUCUAGCAUGCACCGGACCGGAGAGAACGUUCGUGAAGCCAAUCCGGUUGUAAGAGAUCCAGUUGUUGCUAAGACAAAGGGUGCCCCGAAAAUUCCAAAGAAGAAGGCCCUUGGUAAAAGGAGGCGUUGCACCGGCUGCAAGGGCUUGGGACACACAAAAAGAAACUGUCCAGACAGGGGUACCGGUAGACAAGAUCCUGAUCAGGCCGAGAAAUGUGGGGAAAUUAAUGCCACCUGCGUAACCUCCAACGAUGAUUGGGAGUCUCUCGUCGGUGAUAAUCUAUGUGCUGAACCCAGGGGCAAACUCAAUGCGGACUAGUUUGAAGGGUUCGGAAAAGCAACAACGGUUAAGAUGCAUCGUGGGAUUUGGCAUUCCAUAGGAGGAUUCUUUUAACAACUUGCCAAUUUUACGCAGUAUGUUGGUAGAGGGUGCAAGGAGUGUGGUUCGAGAAUGACCCUUGUAUCGAAGACCUCUUUGUAUAUGGGCAACGCCAAUUUAAAUGGAGCCCUUAUCUGUUGCCAACUGAAUCCGGUUUUUUUUUUCUUUUGUCGGUUAUUUCAGUCCUUGAAGUUAUGCUUGUUUGUUUUUUUUUAUAUUUUGUUGGAUAGAAUAGUUGGUAUUUAAUUUUUGUUUUUGGGUAUUUUCAUGGACACACAAUUCGUGCUUCUUUAGGUUCCCGUGGAUUGGUGUUGUUUCUUUUCAUAAUACUAUUUCUCAACAUGUGUAUGAAAUUGAUGGAUCCGGAAUGAAAGCCCAUCACUGUAGUGCAAGCUAUGUACGGGAAAGAAAUAAUUUAAUGGCUUUAUAAUUUUUUUUUGUACCGUCAUGAAUAAGAUUUCGUUGGACAAGGUUUUCCAUGGGAAUGAAAGCAUUAUGAGAGUUACGUUUCAGGAUAUUCAUGCCGUGAAAUUAUAAAGCCCACAUUAAACCG